AAGAGAAAGAUCAAUCUCAUGAAGACCAGCGACCGUCGGCUAGCGUCAGGAAGAGCAGCAUCGAGCUAUUUGCUCAGCAAUGACAGUGCACUGCCAGCGGUGGGCGGCAAAGAUGGCAAAAACAGCAGAAGCAACAGAAGCAACAGAAACAGCAAAAACAGCAGCAAACGCCGCAAAGGCAGCAGGCAGUGGGUGGACGAGUCGAUGGAAGAGUGGGACAGCAGCCACUUCCGGAUGUUUGUGGGUAACUUGGGGCCUGACGCCACCGAGCAGAUGGUGCAGAUGGCGUUUGGCAAGUUUCUGUCGUUGGCGAAGGUGAAGGUGCCUGUGGAUCGCAGAACCGGGCAAAACAAAGGGUAUGGCUUCGUGAGCUUUGCCAGCGCAGACGACUGUUUGGCUGCGUUCAAGGAAAUGAAUGGUAAGUACAUUGGGCAGCACCCGGUGCAGUUGAAAAGAGCC